CAGAUGAUGAAGAUGUCUUAAAUCGAUUUUGCAAGGUCACCAUUUGUUUCUCCUCAAAUUUGACCAUCACCAGUAUUUUAACAGCAAAUCCUCACAGCCUCAUUUAUUCAAGAUGGUCGAGCCCAGGAGUCUCAAGUCUGUUUUCCAGGGUGCCGAGAAAAAGCGAUUAGCACUUGAAGGCUCAUUCGAAGCAAGCUCGCCAACAUAUGCGGAGGACCUGGAAUUCGCCCUCAAUUCCUACCAGGAGUGCCUCCAGAUCAUCGGCAAAAUCUCUCUGUUCAGUGACAAUGAAGGACAUGAGGACCUCAACACAUCGGAUCUCCCUUACCUGCUGAUUAACUAUCGAAUUGCUGAACUACUGCAGAAGAUCUCGGUCACGUCACCCUUGGAACGCAAAUCGGCGCUGCAAACGACGCGCGAUGCGUAUGAAAGAUUUCUUCAUAUCCUGGACAGCUACUGCAUCUUGUCCAAGUCCGAUGCAAAGCUCUUCGCAGAGUACAAUGAAAACCCGGAAUCUUUCUCUACCGUGUCCACCUCUGACCCCACAGCGCGGCGCAACGCCAAAAUCGCCAAUUUCAAGCAAGAGAAGGAGUUGAAGCAGAAAUUGGCGCACAUGCAGAGCUCGCCGCGGUAUCUGGAGGAUGGGGGUGACGAUGAAUCCGUUAGAGAGCUGCACUUUGCCAAUAUUGCGUUUUGCGCGCACAUGACGUUCCAGGGACUGGAAAGCAUCAACCGUGAGCUUGAGGUGUUGUCGCAGGCGCCAGUGCCGCUCAUACCUACGACCACAACGGUGCAGGAAGAUGAGCGACUACGUCUAUCAGUGGAAGGCGAGAACUACUCGGAAAGGCUGGAUAGACCGCUGCAGAGACUUGAAUCGGCGUUCAAAGGCCCAAUCUUGAGCAAGCAAGGCAAGCCGCUGCGGCCCUUCACCCUGACAUCAACACGUCAGGAUAUACAGAAGGGGGUCUUCAAACCUGGACACAACCUGCCGACCAUGUCGAUUGAUGAGUAUCUGGAGGAGGAACGGAAACGUGGCGGCAUAAUCGAGGGAGGUGGAGAGGCUAGUGGAAGGCAGGCAACGCCGGAUGAGGACAAUUACGACAAGGCGGAUGCUGAGACGAUGAAGGCUCGCGAAUGGGACGAGUUUGUGGAAUCAAACCCCAAGGGCAGUGGGAAUACAUUAAACAGAGGAUAGAGAAAACAAAACCGCGACGAGUAAUGACACAACAAUAAACCUACUUGAGCAACGACA